AUGUCCCGCAACCGGGAAGGCGCCUCCCCCGGAACUUGGCCUCCAUCCUCCACAGCGAUACAACCACCGUCCCCGCGGGGCACUCGCCUAUAUCGGCCGAGCCAAGACUUACGCAACGGAAUUCGUGUUCCGUCUUGCAGCGUGCUCGUCGUCGGCGAAGACACGCGACAUAUACUCGCCACCGACGCGUCGCGCGCGGGUAUCUGGACUUCCGCCGUCCCCAACGCAAGCCACGAACGCUCGACUGGCAUCGCGGGUGCAAGGAUGAACCUCACCGCUGGACAGGCGCAUGAAGCAUACAUUGGCCCGCCCUCAGAGCCAAUCGAGGUGUCCGACUUCCUGGAUGCAGCCAAAGAGUUGGAGAGAGGUUCCGAGGAGGAUAACCCCAUACCAGCAUUCUCCCAGUCCGCAGCCGCACUUCCAGAGGACAUCAGAACGUCAUGGACAUCCCUUCCCCAGGAUGAACGAGAGAAGAUCGAACUUGAGUGUCGGUACGUCUUCCCCACUUCACCCAUCCUCCACGGAGUGCUAUCGUCAUCUCCGCCUGCCACCACGUCGAUCCCCAAUCCCAGGCGAAUGACUUAUGCACUUCAACCAGGAUAG